AUGCCUACUUUGACACAGGCCUCAGUUUAUAUAGUCUCAUCCAAAGGACUGGCCUCCACAUCUUACAGGUGUGUUUUGCUGGCGGCUGACUACUCUCAGUUGGAGUUACGCAUGAUUGCACAUCUAUCCCAAGAUGCCAAGCUGAUACAGAUCUUGAACGGUGACGGAGACGUUUUCAAACUGAUCACGGCUCAGUGGAAGUCAAUCAGCGUGGAGGAGGUCACUCCAGAGGAGAGACAGCAAGCUAAACAGAUUUUCUAUGGUAUGACCUAUGGUAUUGGAGCCAAGGCACUAGGCGAAACGUUGGGAGUGGAUGAAAAUGAUGCAGCAGUUUUUAUGCAGACCUUCAAGUCCAAAUACCCUGGAAUGAGGCGAUACCUUAAGAACACAGUGGAUAAAUGUAUUAAGGACAAGUUUGUGGAAACUAUCAGUGGGCGACGACGGUAUCUUCCGUCCAUCUCAAAUACAAAUCCCUAUGUCAGGGCUCAUGCAGAGAGACAGGCUGUUAACACCACAGUUCAGGGGUCAGCUGCUGACCUUGUCAAGGUCGCCAUGAACAGGAUUGAUCAGAGACUCUCAGAAAUAUUUCCUCUCUCACAGAAAUAUCUCUCACACAAGGAACAAGAUCCCACUGUUGAUGUAUCCGGUGACAGAUGUUGUUUAGUUCUACAACUUCACGAUGAACUGAUAUAUGACGUGACACAGACCUGUGUGAGACAAGCAGCCAAGGUCAUCAGACAGGAAAUGGAGUCAGCCAUGACCUUGUCUGUUAAAAUGCCAGUCAAGGUCAAAAGUGGGUUGUCAUGGGCAACAAUGCAAGAUCUAGAGGUGUGACGUAUUAACUCUACAUUCAUGAAUGCCCCUUGACACUUGAACAGAAACAUUGAAAAUUUGAAAAA